AUGGUUGACGAAUCUCUGGUUCGGAAAACGCCGGAGUGGAAGCCCACCACCCACGAAGUCAUGAUUAUGAUCACGCUCUCUGUCAUCUCUUUCAUGGUGGCGCUUGAUGCUUGCGUUAUUGUGACUUCUCUUAGUGCCAUCGUAACAGAUCUCGGGGGAGAUGCCACUCAGGGCUUCUGGGUUGGCACUGCCUAUCUCCUCGCACAUGGCGUCUCUAUGCCUUUCCUUGCCGCCAUUAGCGAUAUCUUCGGUCGUCCGGUGGUUCUCAUUUUCUCUGUUCUCAUGUUCACUUUCGGCACCUCGAUCUGCGCAGCAUCAGGAACUAUCGGCAUGCUGCUAGGUGGCCGUUCCGUUCAAGGUUUAGGUGGUGGAGGAAUCAUUAUCGUCUCCCUUAUCAUCUUCACAGACAUCGUACCGCUGAGGUUCCGGCCGAAAUGGUAUGGUACAGUUCAAGGAGCCUGGGCUCUCGGAAACUGUAUUGGGCCGGUCGUGGGCGGUGCCAUUGCUCAGAACACCACAUGGAGAUGGGUAUUUUACAUCAUGUUUCCCUUCUGCGUCUUCGGUCUCAUCAGUGUGCCUCUAUUCCUUACCAUCAAGCCUCGAACCGAGACGAUCGGCGAGAAGCUGGCUCGCGUGGACUGGAUCGGAGGCUUCAUUUUCAUCUCAUCCGCUACCUCAUUCCUCAUCGCAAUCUCAUGGGGCGGUACACAGUUCUCAUGGACCAGCGCGCAGACACUGGCACCUCUCAUUAUCGGGGCCAUCGGACUUGGCAUGACCUAUGCUUGGGAGCGAUACGUUGCUCAAGAGCCGUUCCUCCGCCACACUCUGUUCAGCAGUGUCAGCGCCGUCGUGAUCUACUUCUGUGGCGCCGCUCAAGGUCUCUUGAUCUUUGGACAGUUGUACUACAUCCCCUUCUACUUCAUGUCCGUCUUGGCCUACUCUCCCGUGCGGACCGGCGUCGCUCUACUGCCUGUGUGCACUACAUUGGUGCCAGGAUCGAUCAUCACCGGCAUCCUCGUUUCUCGUCUCAAUAACUUCCGCUGGCCUAUCUGGGCUGGAUGGCUCAUUCUGACGGCUGGCAUUGGCGUGACGAUCUCCUUCAAUGCCAAUACCAGUAUCGCUGUGUGGGCGAUCGCCUUGAUCCUCAUCGGCUUCGGCCACGGCAGCAUCCUGAACGCGCAGAACUUCGCUUCGCAGGCAGUCUGCGGCGACGGCGAGGAAGCGGCAGCUGCGGGCAUGUACGGCUUCAUGAGACACUUUGGAACGGCGCUGGGUGUCGGCGUUGGCGGAUCAACCUUUCAGAAUGUCAUGGCACUCAAGCUGAAGUGGCAGAAUUUGCCGGCCUCAAUCGCGAAGGACUCGGAGGCCUUCCUUCCACAAUUGUUGGCAAUGCCAGCUGACGACCCGGAGAAGGCGAAGAUCCUUGAUUCGUAUGUGUACGGUUUCCGCGGCGUCUUUCUGCUCUAUGUCAGCAUCAGCAGCGUCGCUUUCCUAGUCAGCUUGUUGAUCAAGCAUUAUGAUAUGAACAAGGCCCUUGACACCGAGCACACCCUCAAGGAAAACCGCAUCAGCAAGUUGGUGGAUCAGCGAUUCAGCGCACGCUACAGCGGCGUACCAACGCCAACACCCUCUGACGAGGGUAGUGAAACCGAAGUGGAAUAUAGAAUGCCAACAGAACCGCAGGGGACGCAAUGGCCAGCUGGACUCAAGCCAUACUACGGGACGUAG